UCAGUUACCCUCCAUCGUGACCCGAGGGCUUGUGCUCGCUUGCUCCCUUCAAACAUCCUCAUGGCUUCUUCAUCUGCCCCGCCUCCCUCUUCUCCUCAGCCGUCUUCCUCUUCCUCGAGCUCCUACUAUGAGAUUCCGUGGGUCGAGAAAUACCGCCCCACCAAAGUCGCCGAUGUGGUCGGCAACACUGAGGCAGUCUCCCGGCUCCAGGUCAUCGCGCGUGACGGAAACAUGCCCAACAUCAUCUUAUCGGGUCCUCCUGGAACUGGGAAGACGACAAGCAUUCUUGCCCUUGCGCAUGAGUUAUUAGGGUCUCACUUCAAGGAGGCAGUUCUGGAAUUGAACGCUUCAGACGAUAGGGGAAUUGAUGUCGUCAGAAACAGGAUCAAGAUGUUUGCACAGAAAAAGGUGACAUUGCCUUCCGGAAGGCACAAGGUAAUAAUUCUGGAUGAGGCUGACAGCAUGACAUCUGGUGCUCAACAAGCUCUGAGGAGAACCAUGGAGAUCUACUCCAAUACCACGAGGUUUGCUCUUGCAUGCAAUACUUCAUCCAAGAUCAUUGAGCCCAUCCAGAGCAGAUGUGCACUUGUUCGCUUUUCAAGAUUAUCUGAUCAAGAGAUCCUUAGCCGUCUUCUCAUUGUGCUUGAAGCUGAGAAGGUCCCAUACGUACCUGAAGGUCUCGAGGCUAUUAUUUUCACCGCUGACGGUGAUAUGAGGCAGGCUUUGAACAAUUUACAGGCCACUUUCAGCGGAUUUCGAUUUGUUAAUCAGGAGAAUGUUUUUAAGGUCUGUGAUCAGCCUCACCCCUUACACGUGAAGAACAUGGUUCGAAAUGUGAUUGAGGGAAGGUUCGAUGAUGCUUGCUUUGGACUUAAGCAGCUCUAUGAUUUGGGUUAUUCCCCCACAGACAUAAUCACCACUCUCUUUCGAAUAAUUAAGAACUACGACAUGGCCGAAUAUCUUAAACUGGAGUUCCUGAAGGAAACUGGAUUUGCCCACAUGAGGAUCUGUGAUGGGGUUGGCUCGCUCCUUCAGCUGUCAGGCCUCCUUGCCAAGCUUGCUCUGGUUAGGGAAACUGCAAAGGCUCCAUAAAAAUGCUCUUGCAGGUUUGGCGACGCCAUUGUGGCGAGCAUAUCUCAAAUUUUGUCUCCUAAAAAGCUAAGUUAAUCAACUUCUUGUGUGAGAUCCGUUGAUCGUUUUUUAGUACUAAGAUUUGGUAGCAAAUGCGUUGUUUUAACAAUCAGAAUGAUGCAAUAUUUCAGGAUUUUCGUAUUGAUCAUUGGAAAUUUGUUACAA